ACGGAACACGUUUCUCCAAGUUGUUUAAGUUAGUCAUAAUGUUUUGAAAAGGGUAUGUAUCUUUAUCCCCCACAAGCUAUAAGAUAACGACGAUAUGAUGCACGUAAGAAAUACGACAGAAUUAAGGACGUUUUCCUCCUGUAACGAGAAGCCAGUGAGCAAUUAUGCCUUCUACGGAGAGGUGGUAAGAGACCAAUGUGGAGGCGAGAGAGGCCGCCAUGCAGCCACAGGAAGUGCAUCUUUGUCAGCAGUAUUGAGCUGAGUUUCUGCAAGUGAGGAUUUCAGUCAGAGGGCAACAGCAGAACUCGUAUACAGUACACAACACCUGGUGUUUUCAACAUUGCAGAGACCAAAUUAUUUUUAAAUACUUUGAGUUAGAGGAUACAUUUCUCGUUAAAAUUGCUUGUCACUAAACAGCACGUGGCACACAGUCUGCACAAUUUAAAGAGAAUACUGACUUUGCCUCACCCUCCACAAGAUGGAGACACUAACUCAGACACUGAACACCUAAUUUAGGGUUGCCACUGCAAUCUAAUGAUUUUACCUUAACCGGACAGAAUGAGCACAUUUUGAAAAACAUUUCAGAUCUUGUGAUUCAACAAAAUGAUUCAUCUAAUUUUCACCAGUUGUGCAUGCUGCAGCAGCAACCACAUGACCUACCUGCUAAAGACAAAUGUCAAAACCACAUAUGCAACAUCCAAAGUGAGCAAUGCUUUGUGCUGUAAUAAAUGUAGAUUCACUCAAUGGAUAUCUGUUUCAAAAUGCACAGAGUUUCUCUCAUUUUUAAGACUAAGACUAGUUGCACCUCUGCUCUCCUGGCACAAGGGGGCCGCAUUUCAUUGUUUUGUAUCUGGAUAUGUUGUCUCAUGAUUUAUACUAUUGAUGACUGCUGUUUGCAUUCAUCAUGCUGCACUGUCUCAAAAUAAAGAGUCUGUGAUUUUUAACGGGGUAUGUUUAUUUUUCUGUUCACAUAUAUGUCUGCUCUUAAGAAUUAGUUAAUGUCUCAUUCAUGCAGCAGUAAACACUGUCAAGUGUGUGUUCAGGAUGAGGCUGGCUGUAAAAAGGAGUAGGUUGGUAUACUUUUCAUAAAUAAUGAUAUCUAAUGUCAGAGGAGACCAUGAUGGUUGAGUGCCCUGACAGCUGCAGAGUAUGUUUGUGCAGUAUCAGGGUGUUUUAGGGACUUUAGACACACAACUUGACUUUCCGUUGCCCGCUCCACACUUCAGUGGAAAGAGGAAAGUCCCAAAUUGACCCUGGUAAUCAAAACCUUGUCUGAGGGUGGUGUGGGUAGGAUAAGAUUAAAGACCAGGAGAUGGGGCGUGAUUUGUGUGUGUGUGUGUGUAAAAGUGAGUGUAAGUGAGUGUAAGUGUGUGUAUGUGUGUGUAUGUGUGUUUGUGUGUGCAUGCAUGCUUGUGCAGGCUCGUGGACACAUUUAUGGAGUGUUUGUAACAGAGAGGUAACAUGGCCAGGUUGGAUAGGGAACCUUCCCUCUGAAAUGUUCUUUUAUUCUGCUUAUUCCCUCUUCGUGGAGUACAAGUUCAGCUCUGAAUCUGCAACCAGGUGACAUAUGACCGACCCGAGGCAACAGAACAGUGAAUACACCGAUGAUCUGACUGACAUUGUGCAUCUGAUGGACUGCAUCACCUGUACAGUCUGUGUCCUCCAAGCAACACCAGAGUGCUAAACAAGCUGCUAAACAAGAAUUAAGCAUUAAGGCUUCCUUGAGCUUUAAUAUCAUUUAAGAUGUUGUAAGUUUACAUUUUUGCAGAAAUAAAAAAAUAAUGUUUUGAUCAUUUCUUCAGAGUCAAACAUGUUAUUACUGGAGUCAGAUCAGUAGGAAAGCAUCACAAGACUAUUUUAUGUUGUAAUGGGUUUAGCAAAAGUGGAACCUUAUGUUGUUUUUUAGACUGAGGUGUGAAAAUCAACAUUACAUCAGCUGAUCUGAGGCACUAAAACCUGUGAUCAAAAUAACAUGAAAACCCCUUCCAUGACAUCAUCACGAGAACACAGAAAAGUCGAAAAAAUUAAGUUUAUCAUCCAGAGCCUUUUAUGUUUUGGUUAUCCUUUCUCUAUUUUUACACUGAUCAACAUUAAUACUUUAAAACCGACAUAAAUAGGGUCAUAUGUGCAAUCUAAUAAUAAACGUAGCAUAUAAUUCUGCACAUUGUUUUAAUCAGACUUUCCUGACUUGUUGCAUUCUCAUCUAGGCUACAGUAUAAACUUUAAAGUAGAGAAAAACAUCUUUACAAGGGUCCACUUUAGAUAAAGACUACAGUUCUCAUAGUGUAGUAACAAUUAAACGUAACCCAGAAUAAGUUCUACUUUAACUCUCUGCAAUUUGCACACCGAUAAGCACCCCAACCGACAAAAGCAUCGAUCCGUCUCUCCUCCUGAACUUCUUAAGAAAUUCAGUAUGAUGUUUUGAACUUGCAUGCAAAGCAGAUAUCACAAAACGCGACAAUGCAGACUUUUUUGUGAAUUUACCACAAUUUUUUUUCUCCUUUUCCUCCCUCACUCUCUAUAAUUUACCCUUAAGUACUUUGUUUCGGUUUAAAGGGAAAGCACCCUGUGUCACAGUGAUUACGUUCAUUAAAGCAGAUGAGCGGUGCAGCUGCACUGUACUACCUGCAGUGUUAACUGUACCAUAGGUGCGCUAGGACAACCUACACAUAGCUUAAUCUACACCAAUUGGCUCCUCUUCGAGAAUAAGUUUGCAUUCUGAGUCAAUGAAUCUGUAAGCUUAUCUAAAAUACACCAAUGACACAAAAGGAAACAGGCUGAUGAGUUGGUCGCUUGAUUUCAUGGAAAUGGGAAUUGCGCACUAUUGGCCACUUUGGAUGGUUUGAUCCCACCAAGCUGAUCACUGAUCAUCGAGAAGUUGUCUUCCCACGCACACACCUGAAACUUCUUCGUCCCUGGUUGAUGCCGAGGAUCAUGACCAUGAACGGUGACCACCAGUCGGUUGCCACAGCACCGCUGGAUCUGCGCACCACAACCCGGGAACGUGGGAGCACCGGGUCGAAGACUCCGGACUACAAAGGUCGCGUCAGGGACGCUCGUGUGUCAGGCGGCUCCCCUGCACCUCCAGCAUGCACAGGAACGGACAGUUUGGUAAUACACUGCCCGGCAGUCAGGAGCGCACCGAGCUCAGAAACCAGCGCGGCACGCAAACGACCAGCUGAAUCUGCUCUCAGGCUUCCUUUUAGGAAACGCCCGAUUCCUGUCGAGCCGGACACCCAGACACACUCGCCGGCUCCACCUGAACGGGGAGACCGCUCCUCUGCGGAAGACACGGACUUGCCAUUUCGGGGGAGCUUGUCGAACGGGAGUAGGGUUGGCGUAGCACCAGUGACUCCCAGGCGGGUUGAAGAGACAGGACAGAGUCCAUAUGGAUAUAACAUUCGCUUUUUGGACCCGUUUAGUUACGUCCCAGAAACAAACCGCCCUGUGGGUUACCAAACCGAAAACCUGCUGACCGGUAUCGCUCAGGCUACACAUCAAGAUGAAGAUGGAGACACAGCUCUUCAUAUUGCAGUGGUGCAGGGGAAGCUGGCCAUUGUCUGCAGACUGAUUCAACUCCUGGUGUGGGCUCACCGAGGCCUUGAUAUCUACAACAACCUCCGUCAGACCCCUCUUCAUCUGGCAGUAAUAACCCAGCAUGCAAACAUGGUGGAUGUUUUGUUGAGAGCAGGGGCCGAUCCUGCUGCUUUGGACCGUAACGGCCAGACAGCACUCCACCUCUGCUGUGAAUAUGGCCAGCGUGACUGUCUGACUGUAUUGCUCUCUCUGCCCGCAUCCUCCACAUGCCUGGAGAUCAGAAACUAUGAGGGUUUGAGCCCCCUCCACCUGGCUGUGCUGCGUGGGCAUAAGGAUUUGUCCAUGAUGCUGCUGGAGGCAGGAGCUGACAUUAAUGCUAUGGACAUCAAAAGUGGCCAGAGUCCUCUCAUGCAUGCAGUGGAGAGCAAUAACGCAGACAUGGUCCACUUCCUCAUUGAGAAUGGUUGUGAUGUCAACAGCCAGUCAUACAGUGGGAACACAGCCCUGCACAGUGCCUGUGGCCGGGGUCAGGUGGACACAGUGCGGCUGCUGCUGAAGAGCGGAGCUGACAGCAGCCUCAAGAAUUACCACAACGACACCCCCGUGAUGGUGGCCAAGAACAAGAAAAUAGCAGAUGUAUUGCGAGGGAGAGGAUCCAAGCAGAUAAGAGUUCAAGAUCAACAUUGUAUGUCAGUCUCACCACAUGGGAGCAACUUAACGGAAAAUGGGUCCCCAUCUCCUAACCAUAGUCGUGGAUGUUCACCUUCGACUACACCACACACCCCUCAUCAUAACAGCUCCCAGUCUCCAAAGACUCCAUCUGUGCUCGUAUUUCCAUAUUACUAGCUCAAAGUUCAACUUGCAACUACCUCCACACAGCCAACCAUCAUAGAGAUGAUCACACUUCAGGGCCCAAAAUGAUACCCAGGACAAAGCUCCGCCUAUGGGAUAGCAGACCAGCAAAAGACUGUACCUGAAAUAAGACGUCCCUGGCCUCCCUUCGCCCUUGAAAAAAAAACAGCUAUAGUUGGCUUUGAUGUCUGGACAGAGUACCUCUCUCUCCCCAUCCAGCUGCUUUGUUGGCACUCCUCUAAUGACUGAGAGCAAACUGCUGCUAUGAUCAGCUGGAUUUCUCCACAUGGGCAUUUAUGCAGCAACAGAAACGUGCCACUGAAUGCUAUCAAGGCUGAACAUGAAGGACUAUUUUAAAACUUCCAGGAGAUGUCAGUAAAUGACAGACAUGGACCUAAGCUCAGUGAACUCAGACUCUCUCUCUCUCUCUUUUAAGUAUUUAUGUGGCCUUUUGCCUUUAUUUUUUUAAUAAAGGACAUUUGAGAGAUGGCAGGAAAUGAAGGGGGAGAGAGAGCGAGAGAGCUGGGGUACAUGUUCCUGGAUAGACUUGAACUGGGGAUGUUGCGAUUACAUGCAUUGUCUUAACACCUCAAGUCUUGUAAAAAUUGUAUGCAGUCUGCUUAUAGUGAGGCGUAACAAUGUAACCUGACAUGCCAAAUAUUGCACAGUCAAAUCCAUUAUUUCUGCCAUUUUUUAAAAAAAAUAAUGUGUUUCCAUAAUAACAUUCAGGUCUGUGUUUGUGUGCAUAACGUGUGAGUGUUAUUCUAUCAUUGUCAAAAAAAUAUUUUUAUAUAAAAUGUUUCCAACAUA